GAUAUACGAGACAAGAUGAGCACGCCACGGCGAAGAGCGCGUUGGUAGUGUUACCCUCAUUUCGCAACACCGCACAACAAAAUGGGCGACUUCCAACGCGAGCGCGUGGUGGUGUGUGAUAACGGCACCGGCCUCGUAAAAUGCGGUUUCGCCGGCGACAGCUUCCCACGGGCGGUGUUCCCGUGCCUCGUGGGGAGACCCAGCUUCAAGUACAAUGACCCCUUCUCCCAGCACCAGCAACUGAAGGACAUCUACGUGGGCUCCGAGGCCUCCGGCAACAAGGACCAGCUGGAGCUGUCCUACCCCAUGCGCAACGGCGUCGUGCAGUCAUGGGAGGAGAUGGGUUUGAUCUGGGACCACGCCUUCGGGCCGCAGCAGCUGGCCGUGGACCCGGCCGAGUGCCGCAUCCUGCUCACAGACCCGGCCAUGAACCCCACCGCCAACCGGCAGCAGAUGCUGGAGGUCAUGUUCGAGACGUACGGCUUCGCGGGCGCCAACAUGCAGAUCCAGGCGGUGCUCACGCUGUACGCCCAGGGCCUGCUGACGGGGCUGGUGGUGGACAGCGGUGACGGCGUGUCGCACGCGGUGGCGGUGGUGGACGGAUACGCCUUCCCGCACCAGACCAAGCGCCUCAACAUCGCCGGGCGCCACGUGACCGCCUACAUGCUGGAGCUGCUGCAGCGCCGCGGCUACUCCCUCAACAGGACGGCGGACCUGGACGUGGUGCGCGACAUCAAGGAGCAGUUGGCCUACGUGGCGUUCGACUACGCCGCGGAGAUGCGGCUGGCGCGCGAGACCACGCACGUGAUGCGCUCCUACACGCUGCCGGACGGGCGGGUCAUCCGGCUGGGGCCGGAGCGCUUCAUGGCGCCCGAGGCCAUGUUCAACCCGCGGAUGCUGGACAUCGAGGCGCCCGGCAUCGCGGAGAUGGCCUUCAACGCGAUCCAGGACGCGCCCAUCGACAACCGGCGCGGGCUGUACGAGCACAUCGUGAUCAGCGGCGGCAGCACCAUGUACCCGGGCAUGUCCACCCGCAUGGACAAGGAGAUGCGGCAGCUGUACCUGGACCGCGUGCUCAAGGGCGACAUGUCCGGCCUGCGCAAGCUCAAGCUGCACAUCGCCGACCCGCCCAACCGCAAACACAUGGUGUUCCUGGGCGGCGCGGUGCUGGCGGACAUCAUGAAGAGCCACCCCGACUUCUGGAUCACGCGGGCGCAGUACGCGGAGGACCCGGCGGGGGCGCUGCGCAAGUGCGGCAUCGCGUAGCACUGAGGACUCGCCCGGCUGGCUGCACAGGGACUUUGUGCGCUGUCUUAGAAGGACACACGGGGCAAGGGUGUGCGCUGUGUCAGGAGGGAAUCAGAGGAACGGGUGUGUGCGCUGCGUGCGCGCGCAAGCGGCCUGGCGGCUGGAACAGCACCACUUGGCGGUGCCACUGUCUCACGCGGUGCCCAAUCAGGCAACCAGGAUGGCGCAGGGUUGCCGCAUGGGUGGCGCGCGUUGUGCAGGGCGCUGGGGCAGUUGUCAGCAGGGGAGGUGCCAGCGGCGGCUGCCAGGCGCCGGCAAGCGGCCGGCGGCGGCCGGGCGCAUGCGCAGGGCCGACCGGCAGGCGGUGUAGCAGCAGUGGCAGGCGGUGUAGCAGCGGUGGCAGGCGGUGUUGCAGCGGCGGCAGGCGGUGUAGCAGCGGGUGAAAGGGGCGCUGUAGCAGGCGGCAGCUGGACAGUGCGGCCUAGUGCGGCCAGGCAGCCAUGCACCGAGCCGCAGAGCCAGGCCGCCUAGCUGUAUUUGCUGGGGGUGCCUGUGGUAGUGGCGUGGCGCAAAGGACGUGCGUGAUAUCAUGUGAGGCUGGCGGCUGGCGGCGGACGAUUUGGCACGACCGCGGACCGGGCUUUAGGGCCAAGGAGCCGCAAGCAGCCGCAUGCAUUGUGGGUGGCGUGGCCUGGAGCCUCCUACAACGCGUUGCUUGGUGUAAUGAAUUCAAUGG